AUGAAGGUUUUCGGCCCCCUAUAUCUCGCUACAUCCAUUGUACUCGCGCCGUCUGUGGCACUCAACUCUGAUCUACCGAGUUGGCUUACUUCAACAGAGCAGAAGACGUGGCAUGAAUUUUUAAAUUACACGCUGGACUAUGAAAAAAGCUACCGUUAUGACGACAAUAACGACGAUCUCGUGUUGUUGCGUUUCCAAGCGUUUUCAACUAAUUUGAAGCGCAUUCAAAUGCAUAAUGAAGCAUUUGAACGAGGGGAAUUCACAUUUACACUUGGAUUAAAUCAUCUUGCAGAUCUUAGUGAUGCUGAGUAUAAGCAGCUUUUGAGUUAUCGACCCCGAAUCUCUACGUCAGGAGCCUCCGAAACGUUUGUCAAGCCUGAAGAUGUUGCAGAUUUUCCAGACAAUUGGGAUUGGCGCGAUCAUGACAUUGUUACACCUGUGAAAAAUCAAGGUCAGUGUGGCUCAUGCUGGGCUUUCUCGGCUGUAGCAGCUAUGGAAAGCGCCUAUGCUCUAAAUACUGGAAAUCUUGAGUCAUUUUCGGAGCAAGAACUUGUAGAUUGUACAUUGAAUGGUAUCGAUACGUGUAAUCAUGGUGGAGAGAUGAGUGAAGGGUACGAAGAAAUAAUUAAGCACCACAAUGGUAAGAUUGAUCGAGAGGAAGAUUAUCCGUAUACUGCUGAGUCGAAGGGUGUAUGCAAUGCGAAGGAUGAUAAAGCUAUUGGCCAUUUCACUGCAUUUGGUAAUGUAACGUCCGGUGAUGAAAGCGCUUUACUAGCUGCUGUUGUCACUAAAGGUGUACAGGCCGUAGCUAUUGAUGCGAGUAGCUUUACAUUUCAGCUGUACCGUCAUGGUGUUUACAGCUGGCCGCUCUGUGGGAAUGCUCCCGAUGCAUUAGACCAUGGCGUUGCUGUAGCUGGCUAUGGUGUUUACAAGAAGAAAGAACAUUGGCUUGUCAAGAAUUCAUGGGGUGCGUUGUGGGGUAUGAAGGGUUACAUUAUGAUGAGUCGCAACAAGAACAACCAAUGUGGCAUUGCCACGGACGCUUCGUACCCUUUAAUGAAGAAGGAAGAAUUACUCGUGUCAGACCAAGCGACAGUCGUAGAGACUUUUGAGAUCAUGAGUGUCAUGUAA